ACAGGAGUCAUGAAGGUCUUUCUGGUUCUCGCACUUGCUGUUUUCUCAGGUUGUCAUGCCAACCUCAUGCGGCAGGACCAGGCACUGUCCAACAUAGACAAGGUGAAAGAUGCAUUCUGGGAUUAUGUUCUCAAGAUGACAUUCACCACUGAGGAAGUCUUGCAGAAGAUCAGACAGUCUGAACUAGGCCAGGAAUUCAGUGCCAGAAUUGCUGAUAGCGCUGGUGCUAUUGACCAGUACACCGCAGCUGUCGGCGGUCAGGUGACACCUCUGACUCAGGACCUGCUGGCCAAGCUAUCCCAUGAGGCCGAGCAGCUGAGAGCCCGCGUGGAGAAGGACCUGAGUGCCAUGAAGACCCAUCUGGAGCCCUACGCUGAGGAGAUCAGGCUGGACCUCCAUCAGCAGGUGGAGGAGCUGAAGAGGGAUGUGACCCCCUACGCUGAGGCCCUGGACUCUGAGGCCCUGAGGGCCACCCUGCAGCAGAAGACUGAGGAGCUGAGGGGGAGCCUGGAGAAGAGCCUGACCGACCUGCAGGCCCAGCUGGGGCCCCGCACCGACCAGCUGAAGCUGAGGGUGGACCAGCACCUGCAGGAGUUCCAGAAGAGCGUCGCUCCCCUGGCCCACAGCGUCCAAAUGCAGCUGGUUCAGAAGAGCCAGGAGCUCCAGCAGAACGUGGCUCCCUACGCAGAGGAGCUGAAGGGGAAGCUGGAUCCCUUAGCGCAGGACCUGAAGACCCAGCUCAGCACUCUGUGGGAAUCCUUCACCAAGACCCGCCAGUAA